AUGUUUGGAAGCAAAAAGGAAAGGGAUGUAGAUUCGGACAGCAUACCUUCCAGAAGCAGCAACGAUAGCAAUAACAACGCCCCCGUGUCCCCCAGCGGCAACAUCUCAUUCAAGACCAACGACUUGAGUCCCCAGUCGGAGACUCCUGCUCGAAAACUGUCAGAAGAGAGCGGGCCUUCACCGACCAUCGAGGCGAGGAAGAGGAGGAGUAGCAGUGCCAAAGCCAAAGAGUUCCUCACCCAGGCUAAAAAUUCCCUGAUUCACGGCGACAAGGACGGCCCUCAGACCCCCAUGCAGAAACUAUCCAAGACCGAUGCCGCCUUGAGUGUGCCGCAAGGCUCCCUCAACAACUCGGCCGGCGAGUCGCAACCUACUGCCAAUUCAUCGUUCCUGGUCGGCGUCACCGAAGACAAAAACAAGAAGUGUCGUCGGACAAUGGAAGAUACCCAUUCCUACCUCUACAACUUUCUCGGGACUCCUGCCCCCAUCCUCUCGGCCGACAACUCACUCACCCAGAAGAAGUCGGUAGAAGACCGAGCCAGUUUGACGACGGUGCCUUCAGACCCUGGACAACAUGUGAUGGAGACGGACAAUGGAUAUUUUGCCAUAUUUGAUGGUCACGCCGGUACGUUCGCGGCCGAAUGGUGUGGGAAAAAACUCCAUGUCAUCUUGGAGGAUUUGAUGCGCAAGUACCCCAAUACACCCGUUCCCGAAUUACUCGACCAGACGUACACGGCGGCAGACAAGCAAUUGGAGAAUCUUCCAUUGAAGAACAGUGGAUGCACGGCCAUUACAGCGGUGUUGAGAUGGGAAGAUCGAGUACCCACCAACCACUCGGCGACAGGAUCUCAGGCCAUUGCCGCUUUGGCGGCGGCGGCGGCCAAGGAAGCGGAAAAGAACGACAAUUCGAAGGAAGCCAAAGAUUCUACGCCCCGGUCCAAUUCGACUGCUGAAGCGGCAGCGGCGGCCGUUCAAGAAGCCAAACAGAAGGCUACACGGCAACGGGUUCUUUACACGGCCAAUGUCGGCGAUGCACGAAUAGUGUUAUGUCGAAAUGGAAAAGCACUCCGUCUCUCGUAUGACCAUAAGGGCAUGGACGAAAAUGAGGGUCGACGUAUAUCGAAAGCCGGAGGGCUGAUAUUGAACAAUCGGGUGAAUGGAGUUCUGGCCGUGACGCGUGCUUUGGGCGAUUCAUACCUCAAAGACUUGGUCACCGGACAUCCUUACACGACCGAAACCGUCAUCCAACCCGACCAAGAUGAGUUUUUGAUUCUGGCUUGUGACGGGUUAUGGGAUGUCUGUUCCGAUCAAGAAGCGGUAGAUUUGGUCCGCCACGUGCAAGAUCCACAGGAUGCGUCCAAAAUCCUGGUCGACCAUGCAUUGGCUCGGUUCUCAACAGACAAUCUGUCGGUGAUGAUUGUUCGAUUCGACCCGCAAAAACUGCAACAAAAUACCAAGAUCGAUAUUGGAGUGGAGACUGAAGCCAACCGGGACAAAGGUGCGAUCAGCGAGGUGGAGAUGAUUGUGGGAGAAGCACGUCGACAUUCUGGACUUCUACAAGAAGGUGCCUUUUCUGACCAAGACGCCGAAGAGCUGAGGCAAAUGGUGAUCAAAGAGCAAGAAAAUGAGGAUCAAGAGCCGGGCCCGGAGUUGACACCAGAAGGCAACACCGUGGCGGAGAAGAUCUUAUCGGAUAAACAACAGGAUAAAGAGAGGAGUGACGAAAGUUGA